AUGGCUGCUUGCAUUUUCUGUCGUAUCAUCAAGGGUGAGAUUCCGUGUAUGAAACUUUUUGAGAGCGAGAAAACUCUUGCAUUUCUCGAUAUCGGACCUCUGAGCAAGGGACACGCACUUGUAAUUCCCAAGUACCAUGGCGCCAAGCUUGCUGAUAUUCCCGAUGAUCAACUUUCUGAAAUCCUCCCUACCCUGAAGAAGCUCGUCUCAGCUACUGGUGCAACGGACUACAACAUUCUACAGAAUAACGGCACUAUUGCUCACCAGCAAGUCCAUCACGUUCACUUCCACAUGAUCCCCAAGCCAAAUGACACCGAGGGAUUAGGAAUUCAGUGGCCAGCCACCACUGGUGACAUGGAUAAGCUUAAGGCGCUAUGUGAAGAUAUUAAAUCCAAGAUGUAG